AUGACUGAUUCAUACAGUAAUUAUUUGAAGACUGCCAAUGCAUUGAUCUAUAAACUAGGACAUGAGGUUACUUUUAUCAACAGAGAUAGUAUUAAAUCGAGACCUCAUAAUAGUGCUCAAUUGUUUAGUCAACUUAAAACAUGUGUACAAAAAUUAGAAGAUAUUCUUCAAAAUAAAGUUACAGUAGGCAACCUGCCAUCUUCACAACCUUCAUACAUUUCCGAUUUUGUUUCUUCAUUAAAUACCAAAAAUCCAACCCCAAUACAUUUGCCACUUAUUCCAUUUUCUCCUCUAUCUAAAAAAGUAUUAUACUACUCUCAAGAACUAGAUAAGACUAAAGCGAAAAUUGAAAAAAUCAAACAACAAAGCCCUAAAAAAAAAAAUGAAGAUGAAUUUCAUCACAAUCAACUUCGUAAAAUAGAGGAGGAAUUAAGAGCCAUCGAAACAAAUGCUGUUAAGGUUAACAAUGAUAUCAAACUUAUUUCUGAAGUAAAUUUACUAUACUGGGAUGCUGAUGCUAUUGCUUUACAGUUGACAAUAAUUGAAAGUGAUCUUUUUAGAAAAAUUGAUUUCAAAAAAGAUUUUCAUAUAAAGGACAAAAAAAAUUCAAGGGCACAAGCUUGUCUAGACUUUCAUCGUUAUCUAACCAACAGUUUUUUACAUCAAUUUAUUAUUUCUACCACUGAUAAUGUUAAAUCUUCUCGAAGAACUUCUUCAUUUAGUAGUGAUAGUGGUGGUGAUUCUCAACAUCUACAUGAAAAUAUAAUAACUCAUGCCAUAAGAAUAUCUUGUUAUCUGUUAAAUGUUUAUCGUAAUUUCAAUAGUUUUGCUGCAAUAAUCAAAGCUUUAACAUCGCCAGAAUUAUAUAGAAUACGUAAAUUAUGGGAUAGUUUACCUGUUGAUACAAUUCAAAGUCUAAAAGAUCUAUCCUGCUUCAUCAAAAAAGAUAAUGAAUAUAAAGCAUAUAAGGAGCUUCUUUUUCAAAAAUUAGAAAUUUUCCGUGAAAAUGAUCAAGGGGUGGUGGUUAUUCCAUGGAUGCAACCUCAUUAUGAAGAAAUUAAACAAAUAAAUCACUCUUACACCACAGGGAAAUCUGGAAACUCCACAGAGAUUAUGCUCUCUCCUCCAGGCGUACGUAAAUCAAUGUCAAUUUGUUCUUUGCUUGAACAAUGUCAGUAUAACAUCACUUCACAAGAUUACGAUAGCGAUGAUUUAGCCGUCAAUCUUAAGACUACUUCUAGUAAUUUACCUCUUGCGAAAGAUAGAAUUACUAUGGAUGGUUUAAAUAUUAGAUUACCAUGUGAUCUUUCACAGUUAGGACUUGGUGAUUUAAAGCUACAUCAUUGGCUGGUAUCACGUGCUUAUCUUAAUAAACAACAAUUAGUUGACGAAAUUACUAAUGACAUUAAAAGUACAAACAAUGGCUUGAAUACUGAAUUACCAACAAAGAUUUCUCGGACAACCGAGCUUAAUAAUAGCAAUGACGAUGAUAACACUGAAGUAAUAAAAGUUUGUGAUGGAUCAUUUGUUCUUCCAAAAGAAUCCUUCAUUAAAAAAGAUGAAAAAAAAUCAUCGUUAAUUACUUCAACUAUUAACGACAUAAUUUUAUCAAAUAACAACAAUAAUAUUACAAUUAAUAACGACACAAAUAAAGUUGAUAAUUCUUUACUUUCAUAUAACAAUUUAUCAAGAUCAGCUGAAUAUUCAACAAUUCUCACAGAACUAACCGUUGAUGAGCCAAUUGGUUCAAGUAGACUUUCAAGUAGUAUGUUUGAAACCACCAAUAAUAAUCCAAUCAUCUCCACUUCUUCUAAAACAACUGCUAUACCAAUUCCACAAACAAGCAAGCCAACAAGCUCCGUCAUCUCACCUGCCACCAGCCUUAAUCCACAUGCAUCAGCAUUUAUUCCUCAUUCACUCAAUAGUCUAACCAGUCCCUCACCAGGACCACUACCAGACAACAUGGAUAGAAUUAACGUGUCAGCUAGCUUUAUUUCAACCAAGGGUAUUAUCAAUAAGAAUAUUAAAUUGAAUAAUAAUGAUUUUGAGUAUAGAUCUGAUGAUGAUGGCGAUCAUUUUGUUUAUCCCAAUAAUAUUGAAAUUGACGUUGAUAAAGGAGGAGAUGAAUAUCACAAAAAACCUGCGUAUCAAUCAUUUGAUAAAAAGAAAAAAGUUGGUAUUUUUGUAUAUGAAGGCAACAAUAAAUCAUUCGAUUUAAAUGAUGAUAAUUUUGAUUUAAAGAAUGGUAAAAAAGGUGUUAUCGAAAAACUCAAUCAAACUGUAAAUACUGAUGGGACUCCAAAUAUUAAUAUUAAAUUAAAUAUAUAA